AAUUACAUAAAUAUUUUCAAUUCGAAGCAGUGCUCGCGCAUAAAAUGGCAUGGCAGUUUUUGAAACGUCUAACGCAAUCGGAUAGCAUUUUACAAUCCCUCCGCCCUUUGGCCUACAUAUCCUUGAUUGGAUUGGCACCAUUUCGUAUGAGCGUCAACAAAGAAGUGCGCACUUCUGUUUGCUCAUUCGCCGCGGGCAUUGUGCAUUUUUGCUUUUUUGUUUUAUGUUUCUUCCUUUCACGACACGAAGGUGACUCCAUCAUUAGCUACUUCUUUCAGACCAGCAUAACGCGAUUGGGCGAUGCGACGCUCUCGCUAAGUGGCAUAAUUGCAAUGGUUACAAUAUUCAGUUCGAUUUUCUUUAAGCGCAACCUGCUGCUGAAUAUCAUACAAAAUUGCCUGGUGGUGGAUGAUAUAUUUUUACGUUUGGGCCUAAAACUCGACUAUCGCAAAAUACUGUUGUAUUCAUUUGUGACUUCGAUGGGUUUAUUACUAUUCAAUGCUGUCUAUUUGUUGGUCAGCUAUAUGCUUUUGCGUUCAGCAGAAAUUUGGCCAUCAUUUGUGGUGUUUACAACAUUCGCCUUGCCGCACUUAAAUAUCAGCAUUAUGGUCUUCAAAUUUCUAUGUACCACACAUUUGACACGUACACGAUUUCGCAUGAUGAAUGAGGUCCUGCAAGACAUACUCGACUCGCAUAUCGAGGAACGUGAUGCCAUCGAGCUCUCGCCCAUGCAUUCAGUGAUACGUAUAGCACGCCGCCAUAGCAUACCACGGCGACAUGUAGCAGCUGUUAUUCAACCAACCAUCACACCACGUCCACGCUAUAGCGUCACUUCGAUUGUGCGUGAAAAUCCUGAAACAGCGCUGAAGCAAGUGAGCCAUGUACACAAUUUACUUUGCGACAUUUGCUGUACCAUUGAGGAUUAUUUCAAUUAUCCAAUGCUCGCCAUUAUCGCUAUAUCCUUUCUAUUCAUUCUAUUUGAUGAUUUCUAUAUAUUGGAAGCGAUUAUAAUACCAAGUCGUGUUGAUAAAUUUGAAGCAGAUGAGUUCUUCGCAUUCUUCUUUACGCAAAUGGUGUGGUAUGUGGUAAUAAUACUUCUGAUCGUCGAGGGCAGCAGCAAAACUAUUAGGGAAAGCAAUAGAACUGCAGCUAUUGUACAUAAAAUAUUGAAUAUUUCUGAUGACUCGGCUGUGCAAGAUCGCCUUUUGCGCUUUUCAAUGCAACUGUCACAUCGACCUGUGGCAUUCACCGCAGCUGGGCUUUUCAAAUUGGAUCGCACUUUGAUAUUUACGAUUUGUGGUGCCGCCACUUGCUAUCUCAUUAUUUUGAUACAAUUUCGCUCCACGCCGUCCCACUGGGAACGAACAAACGCCUCAUCGGCAGCCGUUCCAGCUUCAGGAUGAACAGAUGUGCCUUAAGGAUGGAAAAAUAUCUAUUUCAACCUAAAAUGUCUCAA